GCUCCUUAAGGUGGCGAGACCUGGACCAGCUGACUGGAGCUUGAAGAUUUUGCCCGGAGUUAGCUGGGGUUUCAAAGAUCCUACUCGGUGAUCGUCCGACUUUGGGGCCGAGUAGCCUCCGAACCUAACAGGGACCCCUGCUUCUUGGACUGGAAUUCCCAGCAGGCGAGGACCUCAGCCCGCCCUACCAACCCCUCCCAUCCACGCCCCUCUUGAUGGACCGAACGAGUGGAAGUCGAGGGGAAAGUCCAGGUGGAAAAGAAAGGACUUUGCAGCCCGGAGACCACCUGAUGUAGUAAACAGGGGUUUGGGUGCCUACUGCAUGCGAGGUCCCUGCUUUCGUAGAGGUUGUGUUCCAAAGGUGAACACAAGGAAACACGGACAAAUAAGACGCCGAUAGGCAGCCAUAGUCCUGUGAUUUAAGAAAAAAAGGCGGAGAGCCUGGUGGGCCGCAAAGGGAUCUGAUGAAAUGCCACUUUUGGAGACUGGACGAUAAGAAGUGAUCUGGGGGAAGGUCAUGCAAAACAAAAAGAGCAGAUGGGAAUGGUCGUGGUGGGAGAGAAGCAGACCUCCUUGAAGCUUAAAGAAAGGGGAGAGUGGGGAGGGGUCAGGAUGAAGGCAAAGCAUUAUUUUGUGCAGCAACUUCCUGGGUGUGUAACCCAGACACAGUCUGGCCUCGACUCAGCUUCCUCUUUUGAAAAGCAGAGAUGGUAGAAAUUGUCGUUUCAGUGUGUUGUUAGGAGGAAUAAAUGACACAGAGCAAACGCUCCAGUAGGGUGGGGAGGUAUCCACUGUGCAACAAGCCUAUGUUGACUAUCUCCUUCGCACCGCGCCCUCAGCGCCCGGGUGCAAAGGCAAGCGCCCGGUUCCUACUGUCCCCGCCCCCCCCCCCCCCCGACCCUUCGUCUGGUUCAUUUUCCUUCAGAGUGCUUCCACCCCUGCAUCUUCUGCAGCGCCCGCUCGCCCCAGGCCUUGAUCUCCACUUUGUGCCACCGGCAGUAACCGGGGCCGGGACUCCCACCGCAACCUGGCGGAGGCGGAUGCCCAUUGAGACCCCUUCCAGCCUAUCUCGCCUGAUAAAGGGCCUGGGAGCGCUUCCUACGGAGGACCUGACCCCGCCUUCAGCGCGGUUGGCUGGUAGUAGUGUCUGUCAACGCAGUAAUUGCCAGGGGAAAGCACCAACCAGCAAGCGGUCCCCAGAGCCGACGGCCCGUCCCCUCCCCUUGUCCGGCGGCGGAACAGACCUCAGGCGGAUUGGCUCCCAUGACGUCACCCCGGCGGCCGGACCUCGGCCGGAAGUCGGCGUGCCCGGGCGGAAGGGGCAGGGCCGCAGGGCCCUUCCCGCUGCUGCGCCACGUCCGCGGAGGCUGUGGCUGUGCGGUUGACGGAGACCCCGGCCGGGGCCGGGAGCGAUGGCUGACUGGGCGCGGGAGCCCCGCCGCUGUGGAGGAGAUUCUAGACCGGGAGAAUAAGCGGAUGGCCGACAACUUGGCUUCCAAGGUCACCAGGCUCAAAUCGCUGGCCCUGGACAUCGAUAGGGACGCAGAAGACCAGAACCGGUACCUGGACAGCAUGGACUCGGAUUUCACAAGCAUGACAGGCCUGCUCACAGGGAGUGUGAAGCGCUUUUCCACAAUGGCGAGGUCUGGGCGAGACAACCGGAAGCUUCUAUGUGGUAUGGCCGCAGGCCUGAUCGUGGCCUUCUUCAUCCUCUCGUAUCUCCUGUCAAGGGCAAGGACAUGAGCCACUAGGAACUGGCUUCUGUGAGUGCCUGGGGCAACCAGGGUCUCCCCCUGCCUGGUGUCCUGGGCUCCAGAAGACCUACGUACAAAAUACUCCUUUGAAACGAUGAUCGUGGCUUGGGAAUCUUUUUCCUGUGUGACUGGGAGUUCGUGGCUUCCUCUGACCCCGUGAGCUCAUGUUGGCCGGUCCCAUGUGUGUAAGGGUCUCUUUCCCUUGGAGAAACCAAGACCCAGCUCUCUGUACUAUUCUGGGUGUUAGAGGCUCUGGCAGAGCAGGUCUGACCUGAGCAGCUGGGAAUCCUGGACAUGGCUACCUGUGGCUAGCAGCCUUCCCCUGUUCCUUGGGGCUUUGGCGUUUUAAGGCUCUGUCCCAUCCUUGUGUCUGGGUCAGGCCACAUCUGAGAUCUGAGGUGCCUGGAGCUGACACAGGAAGGGGGUGUGGCUGUGAACUUUGAGCACCAUUUCUACUCAGAGAUGGCUGAUACUCUUGGCUAGAGCUGCUGGGCAUGGGUAGAUCAAUGUUGAGGGUUCCGCCCUGAGGCCUUGCCUGCCCUCCGGACCCUCGGGAAAGGGCAAGGGGUCGUGGAUGAAGGAGUGGACUGCAGCCUUGGCUGGAGGCCCUGGGCCCUCCCAGUCCUUCUGGAUCUCACAGUCUUGUAUCCAGGAGAAGAAACUCCCCAUUUUCUCAGGAUUCGAGAGCUACCCAACACCAAAGGUGUAUUUCCGCGAGACCAGACCUUUAGAAGCAGUUCUGUCUGGCAUUUCAGAGUCAGGCAGUGUGUGUGUUGAGGGGGGCACCUUCUGUGGGUCAGGACAGGAGGCUUCCCUACAAGGACUCUCUUCGUAGGACCUAUGGGUCGCUUCUGGAGUGUCAGCAGGCAGCUUCCCAUCCACCAAGCGAGGCCCUUUGACAGUGAGUACCACCAUACUGUGGGGACACUUAGUUAUUCUCACAUCCCUCUGCAGACUGCCCUCCAUGCCCACCCACCGUUCGUUCCCUGGGCCCUCACUGCCCACUUGGCCAGCCCCAUGUUCACACAAACCGAACCACAGGCCCAGCUGGACCAGUGGCAUCUCACCCGCUGGUGAGAUGUGGUGAGGUGUCGGCACCCUUGCUUGUGCACGAAUACAUGUAAGAAACGAUUCAUUGGCUCUGUGUCCUUCCCCGUCUUCUGUCAUCCCAGGUACUCCCUUACUCCCUGAAGACUGUUGGCGCCCUGUCCACCUCCUUGCCCGGGUCACACACGUUGACCACACGUCAACUCUCUUGGCCCUACCUUGCUCUGGUCUCCAGCCCUGGGCACUGCCCCUGUGGCACUGAUGCCUGCCUCCCCUUCCAGCAGGAUCGGCCUGUAUCCUCAUAUGGUCAUUCCAUUGUACCUGCUGGCCCUCUCAGCCUCCUGGAGGAGGAGGAUCCCACCUUCCUACUUCUGAGUGUUCUGUUCUGACUGCCUCUGCUCCUCCAGGUGCUCGUUUCUCAUCCAGUGAGGUCGGCUUACAUGCCUCCGUGUCUCUGGGACUUCACUGUUUCCCCUUACUCCCUGGCAUUCUCAGGCUCCCGUGGUCCUGCCUCCCUUCCCAGUCGCCACACUCUAUGGCUUUGACUUAGUCCUCUGCUCAUCUCACCUUAAAUCUUGCCAUGGGGGCGUGCCCACUGGCCACUGUGCUGGCAGCUGCUGAGGGCACUGCAGACACACCCUCACCCUGCAUCCCCCACUCUGCCUGGGUUUGUGGUGCUGACUUCACUUUCUGAGAACAUGCUCCAUUGUGGGAGCCACACCACACUAAGCGAGCUGUGCCUGCUCGUCCUGCCAUGGCAGGCUAGUUUCCAUUCUGCACUUGGGUGGUCUUGCUGAGUGUUUUCUGCUGUCUCCCUGAGACCUCCAGCUGUAACGUUCUCUCCUAAAGUUUCCAUCUCUGCUUCCAGCUAUUUUGGGGUCUGGGUUUUAGUUCCUUUCUGAUUGACCUUUUGGUCUCUCAUUCUCGUCGCAUUGGGAUGGAUUCCGUGAGGGGGGCCUGGCAAUUUUGCCAACCUGUCAGAGGCUUCACCCUCUUCCUGCUCAGCCUUGUGCACUCAGCACCUACUUUUGUGCAUAGGCGGGGUUUGCUGAUGUUGGUGCCUGAGACUAGUAACCCAAGAAGGACCCGGGGACCCAGUCUGUGCCAAGGUAGCUGCCAGGCUCUAUCCCGCAAUUCAAGGGCAAGGCAUUUACCAAUAAAAAUUUGGAAUAAACAGUUUCAUGAUGAAGUAAA